AUGGCCACUGUCGGGCUUGGGGUGUACGAGAGCUACCAGUGUGCGAAGGCUGUCCGGCUUGCGCUGAAGAACGGAUACACCCAUGUCGACUCCGCUCGGCUGUACGGGAACGAGACGCAGGUGGGCGAAGGCAUCAAGGCUUCCGGCGUCGAACGCUCCAAGCUCUUCAUCACAUCAAAGGUCUACGCGACAGAUUUCAACGACACCGAGUCCGCCGUCGUGGACUCUGUCAAUAACCUCAAGUACGGCAUGGAGGGCAAGCGGGGCCCGCUCGGACCGUCGGACUACUACGAUCUCUACCUUCUGCACAGUCCGCACGGCGGGAAGCAGAAGCGGCUCAAGGCCUAUAGAGGGCUGUUGGAAGCGAGAAAGAAGGGAUUGGUUAAGAGUGUGGGCGUCUCGAACUAUGGUCCACAUCAUAUCGAGGAGAUUCGCCAAGCAGGCCUGGAGAUGCCAGUCGUGAACCAGCUUGAGCUGCAUCCGCUCGACCAGCAGAGACCGAUCGUGGAGUACUGCAAGAAGAAUAACAUCGUGCUGCAGGCGUAUACACCCCUCAUCCGAUUUGACUUCUCCGGCGACAGGAACGGCGUAAUUCAGAGUGUCGCUGACAAGCUCCAAAAAAGCGCCGCUCAAGUCCUCGUGCGGUGGUCCCUGCAGCACGGCUUCGUCCCGCUCCCCAAAUCCGAGCACGAAGAACGCAUCAAGACGAACGCGGAUGUGUACGGAUGGGAGAUACCCGCAGAGGAGAUGGCGAGGCUGGACGCGCUCGACCUGGGUGAUGAUGGUGCCCUCAAUUGGGUCCCUGUGCACGAGCCUUGA